AUGCCAGUCUACUACGACUCUAUCUCCCCCGAGCUGAGCUCCUGGCUCAUGGAGCAAAGCGUCUUCUUCACCGCCAGCGCCCCGCUGCUCGGCAAACACAUAAACCUCUCCCCCAAAGGCCUCCCCGCAUCCUCCUUCGCCGUGCUCGGCCCCAACAAGGCCGCCUACAUCGACGCCGCCGGCUCCGGCAACGAGACCAUCUCGCACGUAUACGAGAACGGCCGCAUCACGGUUAUGUUUGCGUCUUUCGCGCGCAGCCCGAGGAUUCUGAGACUGUUUUGUAAGGGACAGGUCGUGGAGAAGGGGGAUAAGGAGUUUGAUGGUGUUUUGAAGGAGAUGGGGUUGGAGGUGGGGGAGGGGAAAGGAAUCGAGUCGGCGAGGGCGGUGGUGCUGCUGGAUGUGUGGAAGGUACAAACCAGCUGCGGCUUCGGCGUGCCCAUCGCCGGCGCCACCACCUCCCCAGACGGCGAAGUAAAGGCCGUCUUCACCGAGCGCGACACCCUGGCCAACUGGGGGCGGAAAAUGGUUUCGCAGGGCAAGAUGGAUGACUACGAGGUUGAGUGGAACUCUGACUCGCUGGACGGACUGCCAGGCUUGCGGGCUGCGCGGAGGCACGGCGGGGAGCGGUGGUUGUGGGCCGGCGAUGCGAAGGCAAGGGUGAAGAGGGUGUUUGGCGGGUGGGAUGCACUGCUGGUGGGCGUGGCGGUGGGUGCGGCGGUGGGGGCUGUGGGGAUGAGGGCUGUGAUGGCGGCGGGGAGGUAG